UCGGAAGUCAAUGGAAUCAAUAGAUCGAUGACGACGAUAAAAACAAAAUGGAGGUAUCUGCGCCGAAGCCUAGCUAGCUAAUGGCGUCUUGGCAGAGGCCGUACGUGUGCGGACGCUCCCUUCCUCCCGGAAUCGUCGUCAACCUUUCGUCCUUUCGCUGGCUCGAUGCUUAGCUGAGCUAAGGUGGCCGGCCUCUCGCGCACUCAUCUUGGUUGACCCAGCCGUAGGUGUAUUUGCGGUUGGAGGAUCGGAAGAGGGGAUUUGUUGAUGUUAAGAGAGACGACCUCUAUAUAAGAUCUCUUCUGCCCCCACUCCUUCACCCAUCCUACAUUCCUACCUCCUCCAGGCUCCAGCUACGGCGCCGCGACCCCGGUCGGAGGAGUCCACUCUGUACGUGGCGGUAGUGAGCCCCUCGCCAUCGCCAUCCAUGGACGUGUUCGCGAGCGGCGAUGCAAUCCUGCUUCUCGUUGCCGUCGCAGUGUCCCUGCUCGUCGGCGCUGCCGUCUGGUCCAGGCGUGGCCGGGGGCACGGCGAUGCCGAGCCCAGCCCGCCGUCGCACCCGCUGCUGGGCCACCUCCACCUGCUCGGCAAGCCGCUGCACCGCUCGCUGGCCGCGCUCGCCGCCGCGCACGGCGGCCCAGGGGGCCCGGCGCCGCUCCUGUCCCUGCGCCUCGGCGCCCGGCCCGCCCUGCUGGUGUCGGACCACGCCGCGGCCCAGGAGUGCUUCACGGCGCACGACGCCGCGCUGGCGGGCAAGCCGCGGCUGCUUGCCGGGCAGCGGCUCGGGUACGGGUGCACCACGGUCACCUGGACGCCCCAUGGCGACCACUGGCGCGCCCUGCGCCGGUUCCUCGCCGCGGCGACGCUCCGGCCCAGGCUCUUCGAGCUGGUGCUCAACGUGAUGAUGCGCGCACUCACCGGCGCGCCCGCGCACGGCGGCGACGUGCGCAGGUUCCAGGAGAUCGUCGAGGAGAGCUUCGCGGUGAUGGGCGCGCCCAGCGUCGGGGACUUCUUCCCGGCGCUGCGCUGGGUGGACCGCCUGCGCGGCGUCGACGCGGCGCUAGUGCGUCUUCAGGCGAAACGCGACGCGUUCGUCACCGGCCUCAUCGACGACCAACGGCGAAGGCGCGACGCCGGUAGUGGCCGACACUCGGAGAAGAAAAGCAUCAUUGACGAGCUCCUGUCGCUGAAAGAAAUUGAUCCCGAGUACUACACUGCCACUAUCAUCAAAGGCAUCGUCAUGAUACUACUCACUGCCGGGACCGACACGUCAGCGCUAACCACUGAAUGGGGAAUGGCGCUGCUGCUGACAAACCCGGAAGCGAUGCGGAAGGUGAGGGCUGAGAUAGACACCAAGGUUGGCACCGCACGGAUGGUGGAGGAGUCGGACAUCACAAACCUCCCAUAUUUGCAAUGUGUGGUCAAGGAGACCCUCAGGUUCUGCCCUAUUGGUCCGAUCAUCCCGGCACACGAGGCAAUGGAGGACUGCACCGUCUGUGGGUAUCAUGUCCGUCGUGGCACGAUGAUCCUUGUCAAUGCUUGGUUGAUCCAUCGGGACCCUAAAUUAUGGGAGGCGCCUGGAGAGUUCAAGGCGGAGCGGUUCUUGGAUGCUGGCAUGGUGACCGCGGUCACCAUGCCCAUGCUGCCGUUCGGGCUUGGACGGAGGCGCUGUCCUGGAGAGGGUCUGGCAAUGCGUCUUGUCAGCUUGACGCUGGCAGUACUUGUUCAGUGCUUCGAGUGGGAUGUCAGUGAAGACAGUGUCGUUGACAUGUCUGAAGGUGGCGGGCUGUCCAUGCCGAUGGCGAAGCCGUUGGCAGCAAUCUGCCGACCCCGGGAGUUCGUCAAGAGCAUGCUCUCUGCAUCGACAUGAGGAACUGAACACAGACUUCUGAAGAAUAAAAGGAAUUGUGUAAUGUUGAACUUCAAACUGUUCAAUAGUACUGCUACUGCCUAUGUUAGUAAGGAAAAGUAUUUACAUAUAGGUUCCUAUAUGUGCUACAAUGCAUGAUCAACCUUGUCGCUUAUUCCAGCUCUCCA